AGGAAAACAGCUCACACGUUUCUUGUUGGCCUCCAUUAACAGGAAGUUUGCGAUCUCUAACGCAUUAGUAAAAUUUAUAUUUUCCUCGAGACUUCAACAGAAUAAUAGGGUUUAUAGAAAAUGGCGUUAAAAAGGAUAAACAAAGAAUUGCAGGAUUUAGGACGUGACCCGCCAGCACAAUGUUCCGCAGGACCAGUCGGAGAUGAUUUAUUUCACUGGCAGGCGACAAUAAUGGGACCGCCUGAUAGUCCAUACCAAGGUGGAGUGUUCUUCCUUACGAUACAUUUUCCAACAGAUUAUCCCUUCAAACCACCAAAGGUAUCAUUUACAACAAAAAUAUAUCACCCUAACAUAAACAGCAAUGGUAAUAUUUGUCUUGAUAUAUUACGAUCGCAGUGGAGUCCAGCACUAACGAUUUCUAAGGUUCUUUUGUCAAUAUGUUCAUUGCUUACAGAUCCAAAUCCAGAUGAUCCAUUAGUGCCAGAUAUAGCACGUCUAUACAAAUCAGACAAGGGUAAAUAUGAAACUGAAGCUAAGGAGUGGACUCGGAAGUACGCCAUGUGAAGUUUGGUGGAUUCUUGUUUCUGUCUCUCCUUCUGUAUUGUGCUAGAAGUAAAGUCUUGCUUUUGUCUUAAAACUGUCUAUCCUUAUCUCUACAGAUGUUCCUCAUUAAUCUGUAAGUUAUUGUUAGUACUUUGUAUGUACUAUACCAUUUGUACAGUUAUCUGACGUCAUGGGUAAUGUCUCUAUUUCAUCAAAACUUGAAUGGGGUAUCCUCAAAUAAUUUAUGGUAGCAUCAACCUGUGAUUACCGUAAAGCUUUAACCAAAAAAAAAAAUUUAAAAAGGUAUUAAUUACAGCAGCAAAGUCUUUUAGAAUGCAUUAGGUAGACAUUUAUACAGAGGCAGUACCAGAGUUUGAAUUGUGUGCAUCAAGUAAAUAUUGUAGGAGAUGUUUAAAAGAUAUGCAAUUGUGAAUUGUAAACUCAUGUUUACUAUGUCUUGGUCAGUUGCAGGAGAAUUUUUUUCUAAUACAUGCGCGGUUGUUUUUGGUUGUAUUUUUUCAAAAUUUUAAGCUUGGUUGCCAGUGUUAUUAAUGGCUUUCAGAGGCUAUUUAUGACUCAGUCUUCAAAGCUUGUUGCCAUAUGCACAAAUAAUGAAUUAGCACCCAUUUGAUUGUUUACUGGACCUUGCACAAAGCCUCACCUACUGAAUUUCUGCAAAGUGGUUUGGCCAUCAUGCUGGAUCAUGUAACUGCCAACUUAGGUUAUGUGGCAAGAACAAGAACAAAAUACUCUCAGUGGUGAUGAGGGUUUGAGACUAGCCCCAGUUUGUUUUGAUAGCAGCCUUCCUUCCCCCUCCACCCUCAUCCUGUGGAAGUAUAAAAAAUUUUGGCUCAAGACAGGACAACUUUACUUGUGAUCCUUCCUCACACAAUUACCUUGGUUGGUGGCUCCUUGAUCACACUUUUUAAUCCAGUGAUUUGGCGGAGAAAGUAAAGAUCUUUUGUACUGGAGUCAGUCAAAGUGUGCAUUAUCUGUUUGCCUUCGUGUUAAUUUUUUUGAAAAACAGCCUCAAAUGUCAAUAUGCUGCUCUGAAUAUUGAUUUUUGAAAUUACAUCUUUUAUUGGAAGUGAAUUUUUUUUGUGACUUAAGUCUUUUCCAUUUGUACAUAAUUUACACUUUCAGAAUUUUCAUGUAAACUGUAUUCAACACCUGAAUUCUCCUCAGAAAAUGGACUUACAAGCCACUUGGUAUCUAGUAUAAUAUAACAAGUUGUGAAUACACAUUUUUGUGAUUCCCAGUUCUAAGGAGAAGUUAGGUGCUUGUCUGUUGUACUGAAAAUAUCAUCACCCACUUUUUUUACUAUUGAAGUUUUGUAUUGUAAAUCCUCUUUGUAUCAGUAUAAAUUGGCAGAAUUGUAGUGUAUAACUGUUAAUAAAUAUUAUGAUGUA